AUGCAGCUCCGCUGGAGUGGUCACCUGGUGCGCAUGGACGACGAGCGACUACCCAAACGGCUCUUCUACGGAGACGUCGCGACUGGUUCUCGCCGUCAAGGAGGCCAAAUUCGCCGUUUCAAGGGUACCCUGAAGUCCUCCCUGAAGCGCCUGCUACUCAACCCGACCAACUGGGAAGAUCUCGCACUCGAUCGACCGACCUGGAGGAGGAAAGUGAAGACAGGCGCUGCGAUCUACGAAGCCAAUCGCAUCGCUGCCGGCAAAGCGAAAAGCGAAGCCCGCAAAUCACAACUUCGCCCAGUACGCAGCGCCGCCGCACAACCGCUUCCAACGUGUCCUCGAUGUCAACGGACAUUCCGGGCUCGAAUCGGACUUGUUGGACACCUUCGGAUCAACUGCACCUCUCGAACUGCACCAAUCAUCGUCCCCCCGCCCACCUCUUCCUCCCCUCCGCCGCCAACUAACUCUGACAACUCUUCUGAACCACCACUUCCAUUCUCCUCCUCCUCCUCCUCCUCGCUCCUCAUUCACGAGAGCGGAACUGACCGCAACUCCGACACACCCACCACAUCCAGAACAUCCACCACGCCCACUCCCACCCUCGCUCCAUCGCCCUGCACGCCCAUCACCACCACCACCACCACCAUCACCGCGUCCUCCGUAGCUGACACUGCCGCCGCCGACUUCACCUGUCCACACUGUUCACGCACAUUCACCUCAAGCAUCUGCCUGGUCGGUCACUUGCGAAUCCAUCGCACAGAGACGGGCGAACCAGUGCCUGGAGCACCAACCUAUACCCACCAAGCUCGUCUCAACUGCCCACACUGCCCUCGCACCUUCAGGCAUCGCAUGGCCCUAUUCGGCCACAUGCGCAUCCACGACAGCGGCAUUGACCGCACUCCCGACACACCCACCACAUCCAACACAUCCACUGUGCACACCCCCACCCUCGCUCCAUCCAUCUGCGCUACCACCACCACCACCACCACCACCACCACCAUCACCACCACCACCACCAUCACCGACUCCUCCGUAGCUGACACUGACACCGCCGACUUCUCAUGUCCACACUGUCCACGUACAUUCACCUCACGCAUCGGCCUGGUCGGUCACUUGCGAAUCCAUCGCACAGAGACUGGCGAACCAGUGCCUGGAGCACCAAUCUAUACCCACCAUGCUCGUCUCAACUGCCCACACUGCCCUCGCACCUUCAGGCAUCGCAUGGGCCUAUUCGGCCACAUGCGCAUCCACGACGACCUGCGGUAG